AUGGAAGCUCCGUGCUUUCAGAAACGUGCGAGCGUUCGCUGUCGUCGCGUACGAGGAGGGCUUAGUGCACGCCAGCAAACACAAGACCAGGUCGCGAUUAACGUCGGCAAGUUCGACUUUGACUCGGAGGUGGAGGGCCUCAGAAGCCAUGUCCAAAAGAUUAAACAGUUGUCCCUGGUUAUCGAGGACGAGCAGAAGCAGCAGGGGCAGUUAAUCAACUCCUUGGAGGACACAUUGGAGCGCGCCAAGCUGGGCAUGCGGAGGGCCAUGGGGCGACUAAACAUUGCAUACCGCCAAGCGCAAAGCAACCAUAUGCUGUACCUGGUUCUCUUUGCCCUGCUGAUGUUCACGGUGCUCUACGUCUUGGGGAAGGCCCCGCACGCCAACCCUUUUCAUGCAAGGGUGAUUUCGAACUUGAAGAUGCUUUGUGUCCUCGCAGGUUUAUCGAAUCGGGCGGGCAGUGAUUGGCGGACGCACCAGAACCGCUGUUUGGGCAGCGCGUUCAUCUCGCAAGCGCGAUUGCUCUGGCUAGCUGAACAUUUGACGCCGAAUCGGGCUCCAGGCCUUCCAAACUUGCGGCAUUACGCGGCCGCGGCAAACGCACAAGAGCAACCCAAGCAGCCCAAGGAGCAGGUAUCGUACGACUCCCUGGAGCUGACCCAGGAGAAGAUCGACGCCAUCACGGAUAAGAUUCCCCAGCGGCCUGUGGGGGUUGUGGAGGGGACCAGCUACACACUCAUCAUCCUGGCGGCAUUUGGGGUUUUGGCGUUCGUACUGUACCACGUACUCACCUCCCUCAUCUUCGAGCCCACCGCCAUCACGUGCUUCAAUCACACUCUGGAACGGCUCAAAAACGACCCACGGGUCACUGUGCGCAUCGGCGGAGCAGAUGACAUCCGGGCUUGGGGCACCAACGCUGAGAGCCGGGUAGCACGACAACAGAUUCCCCACCACAUCUACAAGGACGCCAAUGGCGUGGAGCACGUACGGAUCCAGUUUCACAUUCGAGGACCCAGCGGGAAUGGUGUGGUGAGGUCCCCCUCGUCUUGGUACCUUUCUUACCUUACCAUUGCUUCACACGGGCGCGUUUUCGUGUUCGACUGGGUUUCGGAGCAGGUGAAUGCCGACAUGUACAAGGACGUUGACGGAGGAGGACGAGGUGAUGGUGAUGAGGAGGACGACGACGAGGAGGACGAGGAAGACGAGGACGAGGACGAGGAGGAGGAGGACGAUGGUUGUUGCUGUUGUGGUGAUGAUGAUGACGAUGAUGAUGAUGAUGAUGAUGAUGAUGGUGGUAAUGGCGAUGACAAUGACGACGCUGAUGAGAACGAUGGCGAUGAUGGUUGUGGUUGUAGUGGUGGUGCGACCCAUGUCGGCCUGACGCCUGGGAACACCCGCAAUACGGCACUCAACACAACCCAGCACACCACACCACACCGCAAAGCACACAGUGCAGCUAGCCGCACCUUUAGUCAGACAGGCCGCCUGGUCCAGGCAGACGGCUUGGGCGGUCAGGGCCGAUAG